AUGGCCGAGGCAUCAGAGCCAGCCAGUGAGGAUUUCAGUAUCUGCACUGAUGAUCUGCGUGAGGGGAUUGAAUCCAGCAUCAGCAAAUUUGCAGAUGACACCAAGCUGGGUCCCGGCCCCGGCCCCGGCCCCGACGCAGGGUCCAGUCCCGACCCCGAGCCCGACCCCGGCUCCUCCCGGGGCCCGCGGAGGACACACGCGGCCCCGCCGCUCCCGCCGCCUCCGCUGCGGCUUGCCCGGCCCGAGCUCCGCCGCUCGGCAGCGCGGCCCCCGGCCCCGCGGCUCCCGGGUCGCGUUGCAAAGAGCGAACGCCGGGGGAUGGCCGGGCCGGGACGGGUCCCGCCCGCAGGGAAGGCGCAGGAGUCUCUGCAGGAGCGGUACCGGCUGGGCUCGCUGCUGGGGCGUGGAGGAUUCGGCAGCGUCUGGUCGGGGACGCGGCUCUCGGACGGCGCCCCGGUGGCCAUCAAAAAGGUGCCACGGAACCGCAUCUGGCACUGGAGCGAGCUGCCCGACGGCACCAGCGCUCCCCUGGAGGUUGUGCUGCUGGACAAGGUGUCCAGUGGCUUCUCCGGUGUGGUCCAACUACUGGAAUGGCUUGAGCUCCCCAGCGACAUUGUGAUGGUGCUGGAGCGGCCAGAGCACUCUCAGGACCUCCUGCAUUUCAUUCAAGCACGGGGGUUCCUGCGCGAGGAGGUGGCGCGGCAGCUGUUCCGGCAGGUGCUGGAGGCCGUGCGGCACUGCACCAGCUGCGGGGUCCUGCACCGCGACAUCAAACCAGAGAACAUCCUGGUUGACCUGGCCACCGGGCAGGCCAAAUUGAUUGACUUUGGCUGUGGCACCUACCUGCAAGAGACAGCCUACACUCACUUUGCAGGAACACCAUCAUACAGCCCCCCGGAAUGGACCCGCUUUGGCUGGUACCAUGGCGAGCCAGCUACCAUCUGGUCCCUGGGCAUCCUGCUACACGAGAUGGUCUGUGGGAAGAUGCCUUUCAGGAGGGGCUGGAACUUCAGCUGGGGCCAGCUCUCGCUGCCACAACGGCUCUCUCCAGACUGCCAAAAUCUGAUUGGGUGGUGUUUAUCCAUGCACCCCUUGGCCAGACCCUCAUUAGAAGACGUGUUCUGUCAUCCUUGGAUGCAGGAUAUUCAUCUGCCCUAGAAGAAGGGAGAGAGCCACAGGCACACUGUGCUGCAGGGCCCUGGUAAGUUACAUCUGCACACAUGCCUUGGCAAUGAGAAGCAAAGGAACCCAGCCUGUGUCACUGCACCAGGGUCAUGGGAUGGGAACAUGCAGCCCUUGUGCUGGAGCUGAGCUGCUCUGCCCAGCCCUGGUGGCCACCAUCCAAGCUGGUUUUGCUUGUACUGGUUCCCUGACAGCUGGGGCCCUGGACAGAACCCUGACAGCCUGGUCUCACCCCAGGGAAGGAGAAGGAGCCCCCAGAGAAGCUGUACCAGGUGGGGCUGCUGCUGCUGGGGACAGCAAGGAUCACAUCAAGGAUGACAGCCUCUUCCUGGACCUGGCCACUGGUAAGCUGAUGGACUUCAAUUCUGGCACCUUCUUCAAAGCCUGGCUGCACAGCAAAUUUACAGAUGAGUCCACAUGCAGGGGGAUGCUCCCAGAUUUGGGUAUUGCACAGCCUGGC